GAGCCGCAGGGGGGCCUACAGGUCCUCGACGUCGUGCUGCGGGAAGUCGCUAGCCAGAGGUACCUCUCCGUAAGGCGGUCGUUCUACUCGCCGGACAUUAGGACGCCGCAGAGGCUCGGCGAUGGCUUGCAGUCGUGGUUCGGCUUCUACCAGAGCAUCCGGCCGACCCAAAUGGGAUUGUCACUCAACAUCGACAUGUCGUCCACGGCAUUUGUCGAGCCGCUGCCGGUGAUCGAUUUUGCGGCGCAGAUCCUGGGGAAGGAUGUCAUGUCAAGGCCGUUGUCGGACGCGAACCGAGUCAGGAUAAAGAAAGCUCUACACGAUUUGAAGGUCGAAAUCACUCACCGGGGAAGUUUAAGACGGAAAUACCGUGUCUUCGGCUUGACAGCGCAACCAACUCAUGAGCUAAUUUUCCCAAUUGACGAUGAAGUGAAAUCGGUUGUAGAGUACUUCAAGGAAAUGUAUGGUUUCACCAUAAAGCAACCACAUCUUCCCUGCCUUCUUGUAGGAAACCAAAAGAAGCCAAAUUAUCUACCAAUGGAGGUCUGCAAGAUUGUUGAAGGUCAGAGAUACAAGAAGAGGUUGAAUGAAAAGCAGAUCACAUCAUUACUGAAAGUUACAUGCCAAAGGCCUGGAGACAAGGAAAUGGAUAUUCGACGGACCGUUCACAAAAAUGGAUAUGAUCAAGAUCCCUAUGCGAAGGAAUUUGGGAUAAACAUAAGCGACAAACUCACCUCUAUUGAAGCAAGAGUUCUGCCUGCACCCUGGCUAAAAUAUCAUGAUACCGGAAAAGAGUCAGAGUGCUUACCUCGUGUUGGCCAAUGGGACAUGAAAAACAAGAAAGUUGUCAAUGGAUGCACUGUGAAUCAUUGGGCAUCCAUUAACUUCUCAAGAAGUGUUCAAGAAAGCACUGCCAGUGGAUUUUGCCAGGAGUUAGCCCAAACGUGUAAACUUUUAGGCAUGGAGUUCAACAGCGAGCCUGCUAUACCAAUGUAUUCGGCUAGACCAGAGCAAGCAGUACAGGCGCUUAAGCAUGUGUAUAACGCUGCACUGAAAAAACCCAAGGGAAAGGAGCUUGAGCUUCUUUUGGUAAUCCUCCCUGACAACAAUGGUGCAUUGUAUGGUGACAUAAAGCGCAUUUGUGAGACCGAAUUGGGAAUAAUGUCACAGUGCUGCUUAGCAAAGCAUGUAUUUAAGAUCUGCAAACGAUACCUGGCGAAUGUCUCACUCAAAAUCAAUGUUAAGAUGGGGGGAAGAAAUACCGUACUCUUGGACGCGGUAAGUCGGAGAAUCCCAUUGGUCAGUGAUGUACCGACAAUAAUAUUUGGUGCGGAUGUAACGCAUCCUGAAACCAGAGAGGACACCAGUCCAUCAAUUGCUGCGGUUGUUGCUUCUCAAGACUGGCCAGAAGUUACAAAGUACGCUGGAUUGGUGUGCGCUCAAGCUUAUCGGCAAGAGCUCAUCCAGGAUCUCUACAAAACAUGGCAUGAUCCUCAGCGAGGCACUGUCACCGGAGGCAUGAUCAGGGAGCUUUUAAUUUCCUUCAGGAAAGCCACAGGGCAGAAACCAUUGAGAAUAAUCUUCUACAGGGACGGUGUCAGCGCAGGACAGUUCCAUCAAGUAUUACUUUACGAGUUAGAUGCUAUCCGCAAGGCUUGUGCAUCUUUAGAACCAAAUUACCAACCUCCAGUGACGUUUGUGAUAGUCCAAAAGCGUCACCAUACAAAACUAUUUGCAAACAACCACAAUGAUAAAAGCAGCACCGACAAGAGCGGAAAUAUCCUGCCUGGCACCGUUGUUGAUUCAAAGAUAUGCCAUCCCACACAGUUUGAUUUCUACCUCUGCAGCCAUGCUGGAAUCCAGGGCACCAGUAAGCCAGCACAUUAUCAUGUUCUGUGGGACGAGAACAAUUUCAUGGCGGAUGAAAUGCAGACUUUGACGAACAACCUUUGCUACACGUAUGUGCGUUGCACACGAUCUGUUUCUGUCGUGCCGCCUGUUUACUACGCUCAUCUAGCCGCAUUCCGGGCACGUUUCUACAUGGACCAAGAUAGCCUCUCGGUGAAGAAUGCCAACGGGAGGAAUGGAGGCGCCAUGAAGACUAUGCCGGCAGUGAAAGAGAGGGUGAAGAGGGUGAUGUUCUACUGCUGACAAGGGGAAAAGAGUAGCACCCAGGCAUGCUAUAUACUCCAGCUAACACUAGGAGUUAGAGGUUUAGAUUAGAUAUAUGUAGGGCGGGAAGAGUGAAGAACUAGGUAUCUUGUCCUGUAAAAACUUGGCCGAUGUUUUAUUGAGGGCGAAAAAAAUCCUGCGUAAUAUAUAGCUUAUAUAUUGACAAA